UUUUCAAACUUAUUCAACAUUACAAUGAAAACAGACUCAGGAAUGAAAUAAUUAUGUAAAUGUAAAAUGAAGUCUUUUUCAUUGUUAAUGAGCAGUAAAAAAUCUAAAUGUUUCUUCUUGUACUAUUGCAUGAUUCCAGGAGAGGACCGCUGGCUCUGCACUCUCUUACUGCAGCAGGGCUGGAGGGUGGAGUAUAAUGCUGCAUCAGACGCCUACACCAAUGCACCACAGGACUUCAAAGAGUUCUACAACCAGCGGCGGCGCUGGGGGCCCUCCACCAUGGCCAACACCAUUGAGCUGCUCGGCUCUGGGGGCCUGACCACUCAGCAGAACAGCUCCAUCUCUAAACCUUACAUCAUUUACCAGGUCAUCGGCAUGGGUGCCUCUAUUCUGGGCCCUGCCUCAAUCUGCCUGAUGAUGGCAGGUGAAGAGCAUUAUUCUUCAAAAUUGUUUCUGUUAUUGAUUGAAAAGAAAUGAAGUCUAAACUUGCUCCUAAUUUUAUAGCUGAACUUAAUAACUUGAACUUAUUAACUUACUACAAGGCUGAGUCAAAUGAAAACCUUAAUCUUUUUUUUAUUUAAUUUUGCAUAGUUUAUUGAAAUUGGUGUCAUACAAGUGUAUCAUUUUUCCACACAAUCUCCAUUUCAUUCAAUUCAAGUGCUCCAGCACUUAACCAGUGCCUGGAUUCUGAUAGAACCAAUUCUUCCGGUCGUGUGUGUAGUCAACGGUGCACUGUCUGUUGCACAUCUUCAUCCAAAUGGAAGGUCUUUCCACCUAAUGCCUGCUUUGGUGGUCCAAAAAUGCGGAAAUCACUCACAAUGAGAUCUAGUUAGUACUACUGAUGUGGCAGACAAUCAAACACGAUGUGCAGUAUGGGGCAGUGCGUUGUCGUGCUACAACAAGACGCCAAUACGCAGAAGUUCAGGUCUGAUUGUAAGUCGUAGAUCAUUCCUGAGGCUGUUGUGUGUGU